CAAAAAGCUCAGGGCUAAUCUUCCUCAAAAAAAAAAAGAGAAGAAAAGAAAAGAAAUUAAUUGAGUGCAUACUAACUACUAGGGCUAGAACAGUGAACACAACAGACAGAAAUAUUGUUGUUUUGCUGUUUGUAUUCAAGUGUGAUGAGAGGGAGGUAAAAAAGGUAAACAAAUGUAGAAGGUAUAGUAUGAUAAGUGCUUUUGAGACAAAAAAACCUAGAAGCAGGGUACAGGCCUUAGGAAGUGUUGGGAUGUCCUUCUUGUUGGACUGUAAUUUCAAAAGAGGGUAGAGUGGUCAGGGAAGGGCUCAUCAGAAGGUUACUUUUGAGCAGAGACCUGAAGGAGAUGAGGAGGGGAGAUAGGUACAUCCCUGGGGGGAGAGCUUUCCAGAGAGGGAACUACAAGUAUAAGGAACUGAGCUGAAUAUCUCUGUGGCUCAUGAAAGGAUCAGCAGGAAGGCCAGUUUGGCUAGAGCAUGAAUGAAGACAUGAGAUGAGGUCUAGAGGUGAAAGGGGAUCAGAUUCUCUGGGAACUGGGUGCCGCUGUGCGGAUUUUGGCUUUCAUUUAAAAUGAAUGGGAAGCAUUAGAAGGUUUUGGGUAGAGUUGUUUGAUCUGCAGGAUCACUUUGGUUGCUGUUUUAAGGCUAGGAGAGGACAUGGUGGAAGAAGAGAGACUGGCAGUGGCUUUUGGAAUGGGCCUGGCAAGAGAUGAUGGUGGCCUGGACCAGGAUAGUUGCUGGAAAAGUGGUGAGAGGUGAUCUGACUCGGGAUAUAUUUUUGGCCAUGAAGCUGGCAGAAUUUGGAGACAUACUGUGUGAAGGGUUUGAAUAGUUAGGUAGUUUUUAUAAUAGAACGACUGGAAUGUAGCCAUUGCCUUUCCAGUGAAUUCUCUUGUUGCUCCUACCACUCGUACAAAUACAUCUCAGUCCUUCACAGGACAGCCUCCAAACAUUUUGUGAAAUACAAGAGAAAAAUGACCUCUCCUGUGCCAUAAGCAGUCAGAAGACAAAGCAUAAUGCUUUUCUGUCAGCCAUGUUUUUUUAACUUUUUAUUUUGAAAUAAUUGUAAUCUCUUAGUCUAAUCUCAGUUGAGACUAUUCCUAUCCGUGCUUAAAUGUUAAGUAAUGUGAGGGGCUUAUGAGUUGUACUAACUGUUCCCAGAAUAGCUUUUUCUACAGCAUGGACUUCUUCCCCCCCCCCGCUUCUUUCUCUUGUUCUUUCCUCUCUCUUCCCUUUGUCCUCCCUUGCUGUGUUUAGUACUAACCAGGGAAAGGGUGGGAGGAGGGGUGUUUUUAGUUUAAAUUUAAAAAAAAGAAAGGUAGCUUUGCCUUCUUCAUUAGAAAUAAACUUUAAGAGCCUCAUUUCCUAUUCAGCAAAAUCCAUAAAUCCACAGCUAUUCUUCCACUGGUAGAAAUUAACAUGUUUUGUUCCUGCCACAGAUUGGGGUUCUCUAUGGUCUUUCAUAUUUUGAAAUCACAUCAGUUCAUUGUUUUUCUUAUUGUGGCUUACUAUUUAUCAACGAUUUUAUAUUCAGAGCCAAGUUCAGAGAGGACAGAAAGAAUAAAGUUAAUCAGUAGCAGAUUUUUUUUAUGAUAAAUACUCCUUGGUAUCUUGAAUCCGACAGUUCCUACUUGUGUGACCUUGACAACUGCUUCACCCCUCUGACUUGGUUUCCUCAUCUCUAAGAUGGGAUAAUUUAGAAUCAAGAAUCAACUUCAUAGGAUUAUAAUGAAGAAUAUCUGCAAAGUACUUAGAAUCAUGGCUGGCACACAGUAACUUUUUAAUCUCUUCCAAUUAAUUUAUUUCUUCAAAUAAUUCUGAUUGGAUUAACACAGUGCGGUACUGUUUUUUAGUAUAAAUAUUGAAUCUCUUUAAUAUUCAUGUAAAUAGAGUUCAUAUCUAACCCUUGGACAGUGUGUAAAGGAGGAGGUCAUACUCAGGGGAAAUUGUUUAAUUCUGGAUUUUCAAUUCUGAAAAAAUUUAAAAGAAUUUUUUUCCUCUCAUAGAUGCUUACUAGAUUAUUGUCUCAGAGUUUUUCACAUAGAUGCAGUAUAAAUUGAUACUUUUUUAUUUUUACAUGUUGGUAGAGUAACAAUCACAGCUCAGUAUCAGCAAAGAUAUUAAAAGGUAUGUUUUCUUAGCCUGUUGCUGCUAGCUUAAUGAUUCAGCCUUUACUGGCAAUACUUCCUGCUUGAUCAGUUACUUUUCUUAUUUUAUUUGGGCCUUAAGUCCCAUCUUUUCAUUGGAUACACUGCCUCCCAUCUAGAUAGCAAAUAUUAACAACCGAAUAGUAAGUAACUUUUUAAAAGAUUAAAGACAUAAUUAAAUGCUAAUUUCGUACUGGUGUUUUCUGAGCAGGAAAUGCUCACCUGUGAAGUUGGUGGGUGGAGCUAUGCUGGUGAAGCCUGUUCUGCAAGUGUGGGUUUGGCUGGGGCGUGUUUGUGGUGCUGCAGAGUGGGACUGCCGAGAGAGCAGGAUUAAGCUCCUGAAGGCGAGAGCUUUCAGAGCUCCUGCAUGCACACAGAAACCGGCUCAGCUUGAUUUUGGGACCAAAAACCGGCCACAAAACCUCGGCUGAAAGAGGGGCCUGAAGCAGAGCUGGGACCCAAGAGUGUGGCGAGGUUUGACUUGAAGUUCCCCGGUGGUGGGCGAGGCCUGAGCCUGUGUGACGGGGACUCUUUCUGUGCGCUUCCGUGUGGAAUGCAGAGCUGUUGUCUCCUGUUGAAUCUACUGCUAAAUAUAGACAUUUGGAAUAAUUUUAAGUAUUGAUUUUAAAACCUGUGCCACAGCAAGAGUGUCUAAAAAGCACGGCAAGCUCAUUACUUUCUUACGUACAUUCAUGAAGUCUCGUCCAACAAAACAGAAGCUGAAACAACGGGGGAUCUUGAAAGAGAGGGUAUUUGGUUGUGACCUGGGGGAGCACCUUCUGAAUUCUGGUUUUGAAGUGCCCCAGGUUCUUCAAAGCUGUACAGCAUUCAUUGAGAGAUAUGGCAUCGUGGAUGGAAUAUAUCGUCUCUCUGGAGUUGCCUCCAAUAUCCAGAGGCUACGCCAUGAAUUUGAUUCUGAACAUGUCCCCGACCUGACAAAAGAACCGUAUGUUCAAGACAUCCAUUCUGUGGGCUCCCUCUGUAAGCUGUACUUCCGAGAGCUCCCAAACCCCCUGCUCACCUACCAGCUCUAUGAGAAGUUUUCUGAUGCUGUUUCAGCAGCAACCGAUGAAGAAAGGCUGAUAAAAAUCCACGAUGUCAUCCAGCAGCUCCCCCCACCACACUACAGAACACUGGAGUUCCUAAUGAGACACUUGUCUCUUCUAGCUGACUAUUGUUCCAUCACAAAUAUGCAUGCAAAAAACCUAGCAAUUGUUUGGGCUCCAAACCUGCUGAGAUCAAAACAGAUAGAGUCUGCCUGCUUCAGUGGGACAGCAGCUUUCAUGGAAGUGCGAAUUCAGUCCGUGGUUGUUGAAUUCAUCCUCAACCACGUCGACGUCCUCUUCAGUGGGAAGAUCAGCGCUGCCAUUCAGGAAGGGGCAGCUUGUCUAUCAAGACCCAAGUCCCUGCUGGUUUCCUCUCCAUCCACCAAGCUGCUGACGUUGGAGGAAGCCCAGGCACGGACACAGGCGCAGGUCAAUUCUCCAGUUGUGACUGAAAAUAAAUAUAUCGAAGUAGGAGAAGGACCUGCCGCACUUCAGGGGAGAUUUCACACCAUAAUUGAGUUCCCACUUGAAAGGAGGAGGCCUCAAAAUAAAAUGAAAAAAUCUCCUGUGGGCAGCUGGCGUUCCUUCUUCAACUUGGGGAAAUCAUCAUCUGUUUCUAAACGAAAGCUGCAGCGUAAUGAGAGUGAGCCCUCAGAGAUGAAAGCCAUGGCUCUGAAAGGUGGCAGGGCAGAAGGAACCCUCCGUUCAGCUAAGAGUGAGGAGUCUCUUAGUUCCCUCCAUGCAGUCGAUGGUGAUUCCAAGCUGUUCCGACCCAGAAGACCCAGAUCUAGCAGUGAUGCACUGAGUGCCUCUUUUAAUGGAGAAAUGCUGGGCAACCGCUGUAAUUCCUAUGAUAAUCUGCCCCAUGACAAUGAAAGUGAGGAGGAAGUAGGGCUGCUUCAUAUUCCAGCUCUUCUGUCUCCUCAUUCAGCUGAGGAUGUUGAUUUAAGCCCACCAGACAUUGGAGUAGCCAGCCUGGAUUUUGAUCCAAUGUCAUUUCAAUGCAGUCCUCCUAAGGCCGAAUCAGAGUGUCUGGAGAGCGGUGCUUUCUUUUUAGAUUCAUUAGGAGACUCCAAGGAUAAACCAAGUACCAAUAAAAAAGAUACAGAAGCAGGUGGUAGCCAGUCUCAGACUCCAGGGAGCACUGCAAGUUCUGAACCUGUCUCUCCUCUUCAGGAGAAACUGAGUCCAUUCUUUACCCUGGACUUGAGCCCCACUGAAGAAAAAUCAUCUAAGCCAUCCUCAUUCACUGAAAAGGUCGUCUAUGCUUUCUCUCCAAAGAUUGGACGAAAAUUAAGCAAAUCACCUUCUAUGAACAUAUCUGAGCCAAUUUCAGUCACCCUUCCCACUCGGGUGUCAGAAGUCAUUGGUGUCGUCUCAAAUACAGCAGCUCAGAAUGCAUCUUCUCCAACCUGGAACAAAAGUGUUGAAGAAAGUGAUGUCAUAAAUAGAUCCCCCACCCAGCUAGUAAAGAUGAAAACAAAUGAGAGAGAGGCCCAAGAAGGAUGUGAGUCGGAAGUCCAGCCCCUGGACCAGGUGGCUGCUGCAGAAGUAGAAUCGCCAGGGAAGGAGGAGCAGUCUGUCUCAAGCAGUCAGAGUAAGGCUGUACCUUCUGGACAGACUCUGGCAGGAGCAGUUACCCAUGACCCCCCUCAGGAUUCCGUUCCUGUCAGUUCAGUCACUCUUAUCCCACCACCACCGCCUCCGAAAAAUGUUGCCCGCCUGUUGGCGCUAGCGUUAGCUGAGUCUGCACAGCAAGCCUCAACUCAGUCCUUGAAGAGACCAGGGACUUCCCAGGCCGCUUAUACAAAUUAUGGAGAUGUGGCAGUGGCUGCACCUGAAGAUAAACUGCCUCACUGCCACUCUAGUGUUACUCUAGAUAAAGCCUAUGUCCAAACUGAGAGGCCGGCAGAGCAGCUCUGCCUCCAGAACAUUGCAUCUGUGAACUGUGACCAGCCUAUACCAGAUCCAGCAGCUCUUGGCGGUCACACCCAUUCCAAUGCAACUGCAACUGGGGAGCAGCUCCAGCAGGCAGACUUUCCAGGGAAUCAGCCCCAUCGAACCUGUUUAUCUGGGGACCCAGAAAAGGCCAGAAUCACUUCAGUUCCCUUAGCAGACUCUAAGUCUGAUGAUCACGUAAGUUUCCCUGAAGACCAGUCUGCGAAGAACAGUAUGCCAGCUGUCUCCUUUGUGGAUCAGGAGCGGUCUCAACUUCAUUUCUACGGUGGAAAUCAGCCUCCUUCUUAUCUUGGUACAAGUGUGGAUAAGCCCCAUCACCCUUCAGAACUUGCAGACAAAUCUCCCACACCCUCUAAUUUCCCUAGGGACAAAAUCUGCCCUCCUUCUGGGUCCCCUGAAGAGAAUACCAGCACAGCCACCAUGGCUUAUACCACAGCUGCUCCAGCAACAGCUGAAGUAAGCACCAGGGAAGCCAACUGGGAUGUGAUUGAACAACCCACCGCAGCUGAUUUUGUGGCCGCCACCCUGCAGCGCACUCACAGAACUAAUCGUCCCCUCCCGGCGCCUCCUUCCCAGAGAUCAGCAGAGCAGCUACCAGUCGUGGGGCAGGUACAAGCAGCAACCAAUGUAGGAUUAAAUAAUUCCCACAAGAUUCAAGGAGUAGUUCCAGCUCCAGAGAGGCCACCUGAACCCAGAGCCAUGGAUGACCCUGCACCUGUCCUUGUCAUUGACAACAGCGCAGCUGCUCAGUGUCCCAUCUCUACUCCCGCUCUCCAACCAGGCCUUCCUGAAAAGGUGCGGGACGGUGCCAGGGCCCCACCGCUGCACCUGCGUGCUGAGCCUGUCCCUGUGCACUCCUCCUGUGGCUAUACUGCACCGGUUCCUCCCACCAGGACAAUGGAGAGUAAAAUUGCUGCUGCCAUACACUCCAGCAGUGUAGAUGCUACCAGCAGCUCCAGCUAUCAUCCCUUUGUCACUGCUUCCUUAGCCUCCGUGGAUGAUAUUUUGCCUUUACCACUUCCUGUCCCACAACCUAAGCAUGCUUCUCAGAAAACUGCUUAUGCCACCUUUGCUAGGCCUGAUGUCAUUGCUGAGCCCUUUGGUCCAGAAAACUGUUUGCACUUCGGUAUGACUCCAAACUGCCAGUAUCGUCCCCAGAGUGUACCUCCACAUCACAAUAAAUUGGAACAGCACCAAGUGUAUGGUUCCAGAUCAGAGCCACCAGCGUCCAUGGGUCCUCGUUAUAACACGUACGUGGCCCCGGGAAGAAAUGCAUCUGGACACCACUCCAAGCCAUGCAGCCGGGUUGAGUAUGUAUCUUCUUUGAGCUCCUCUAUUAGGAGUAGUUGUUACCCUGAAGAUAUUCCACCGUACCCUACCAUCCGGAGGGUACAGUCUCUCCAUGCCCCUCCGUCUUCUAUGAUUCGCUCUGUUCCCAUUUCACGGACAGAAGUUCCCCCAGAUGAUGAACCAGCCUACUGCCCAAGACCUCUGUACCAAUAUAAGCCAUAUCAGUCCUCCCAGGCCCGCUCAGAUUAUCAUGUAACACAGCUGCAGCCUUACUUUGAGAAUGGUCGGGUCCACUACCGGUAUAGCCCAUAUUCCAGCUCUUCUAGUUCCUAUUACAGUCCAGAUGGAGCCCUGUGUGAUGUGGAUGCCUAUAGCACAGUACAGUUGAGGCCCCUUCACCGCCUACCCAAUCGCGAUUUUGCUUUCUACAAUCCUAGGCUACAAGGGAAGAACUUAUACGGUUAUGCUGGUUUGCCUCCACGUCCCCGGGCCAACGUGACUGGCUAUUUCUCUGGUAAUGACUACAAUAAUGUAGUCAACGUGGCUCCAACCGCUGAUGUAAAGCACACAUACACCUCAUGGGAUCUUGAGGACAUGGAAAAAUACCGUAUGCAAUCCAUCCGGAGAGAGAGCCGCGCUCGGCAGAAGGUGAAAGGGCCUGUUAUGUCCCAGUAUGAUAACAUGACUCCAGCUGUUCAAGAUGACUUGGGUGGGAUCUAUGUCAUCCAUCUACGUAGUAAAUCAGAUCCUGGGAAAACUGGACUUCUCUCAGUGGCAGAGGGAAAGGAGGGGCGACACCCAGUCAAGGCCAUCAGUCCUGAAGGAGAUGACCGCUUCUAUAGGAAGCAUCCAGAGCCAGAGUUCGAUAGAGCCCACCACCAUGGAGGAUAUGGCAAUGGACAGUCGGAGAAACCAUCCCUCCCUCAGAAGCAGAGUAGCCUCAGGAACAGGAAACUUCAUGACAUGGGUUGUAGUCUCCCUGAGCACAGGGCACAUCAGGAAGUAAGCCAUAGGCAAUUAUGUGAAUCAAAAAAUGGGCCACCUUACCCCCAGGGAGCUGGCCAGUUAGAUUAUGGGCCCAAAGGGAUUCCAGACACUUCUGAGCCAGUCAGCUACCAUAACUCUGGAGGGAAAUACAUUACUUCAGGGCAGGAGUCUUUAAGACUGAACCACAAAGAGGUGAGGCUCUCCAAAGAGUUGGAGAGGCCCCGGGCUAGGCAGCCUCCUGCCCCGGAGAAACACUCCAGAGACUGCUACAAGGAGGAGGAACACCUCACUCAGUCAAUAGCCCCACCCCCUAAACCUGAGAGGAGUCACAGCCUGAAACUCCAUCAUACCCAGAACGUGGAGAGGGACCCCAGCGUGUUGUACCAAUACCAAACCCAUGGCAAGCGCCAGAGCAGUGUGACUGCUGUGUCCCAGUAUGAUAACCUGGAGGGCUACCACUCCCCGCCCCAGCACCAGCGCGGAGGCUUUGGAGGAGGAGCGAUGGGGACAUACAUGCCCUCUGGCUUUCCCCACCCACAAAACAGGACAUAUGCUACAGCUUUGGGUCAGGGGGCCUUCCUGCCCGCAGAGUUGUCCUUGCAGCAUCCUGAAACACAGAUCCACGCAGAAUGAGCCCUGGGAGCAAUAGAGUUGAAGCAGCCUCUGCUGGACAGUGGACUGUUCUAUUUUUUUCAGUAACCAAAAAGAUUUAAAAAAGAAAAAAAGCUACAAAACCCCUGGCCACAUUAAAAAAAAUAAUCAGAAAAGUAAAUCACCAUCUUUUUCCCCUUCCCUGCUUCAUUACCACCUCUUCCAUCUAUAGACUAUGUCGUUUUUGUCUUUAAAAGAGAUCUGAAUGGUUGUCAAGCACUAUGUUGAAAACUCGGUAAAGAAAUUUGUCACAGACCAUGCUUGCCAUAUAGGGCUAAUUUGUCAGAGCCUGAGGACUGCCUUUAACUGAAUUUGAGUUUAAUUUUGUGCUUAGUGUCUGCCGUCUAGUUCAGAGCAGGGCACUCUGUCUCCUGGAGGGCCUCUGCGUUUCCUGUCAGUUCCUACUUUUCAGUAGCCAUGCAGCUUGCCCAGAUUGACACUGUUUUUCUCGCUUCAUUCUCCCUGUCUUAUAAGGGUCCCUGACCCUUCAGAAGAGUCUAUCAGACAUUUAGCAAAUUAUAACUAAAAAAUACAGGAAUGAGGACUUUAAGCAUUUAAUCAAGAGUCGUCAUAAAAUGUCAGACCACUGAGACCCAGCCUGAACCAUGCUCUUCAUAUUCUUAUUUUUCACAGUUGUUCCUCACAGUUCAGUGAACAGGCUCAUGUUAGUGCAGAAGAAAUUUUUAAAAGUUAGAAUUAAAGAAACUUCUUAGGUGGAAGUCAGUGAACUUCAUUAGCACCAGAAAACUAUAUCAAUGCUUCUAGUGUGUUGCCUGCCUUCAGUUAUUUUUUUUUCUCAAUAAUAUUGGGUAAAUUGUAAUCUAGUAAAACACUUCGCACCAUUUGUUCUCCUAAAGCAAAUUUUUUUUUCAUUAAAAAAAACCAGCAUGGUUUGAUGGAUAAACAUGAUUUAUCAUGAUUACAAAUCUACAUGUUAAUUUCUGUUUCUAAACCAGAGUACAGGUUUCCUGAGAAUUGUUAAAGUACAUGUGUAUUAUCUGUUAGUAAACAGAAAGUUCCUACAGUUGCCGAUCUGAGCAGUCCCCACGUCUGUCCUGAGGAGUUAGCGUGCUGUUUGUUCACUGUGUCUGUGUGCAGUCACAGUCUCACGGUAACCGCCAUCUGCACCAGCAUAUCAGGGAUAGCUCUUACACCUGUGUAGACAUGUUAAACAUGUUCACUACCCAAGACUUUCUUUUGAAAGUUGCAUUUCUGAUUAGAGUAGGAACAGACAUCUCUCUAGCCCAACUCCAUUCCAUUUUCUCAACCACCCACCACCUCUACACCAGACUUGCAAGGCAGUCCUAUAUUUACAAAACAGUGUAGAUUGUCAUUUCAUUCCAUAUUCUUAAUAAUAUUUGAUUUUUAUACAUUCACAUGUUUUAAAUGCUCAGUUUGUAGAACAUAUGAGAAUUUCAUUCCAUUUACUGGAUGGUUGCUGCUCUUGGCUUUUUAAAACUUGGAAUUUUAUUUAGAGCGAAGGAAGAAAUCUUUUAAGAGGCUAAAUUCAUGCUGCUAUAAUUGCUGUGAAAUUGUAUAAAGAAUAAGAUUCGUGCCAGUCCUUUUUUUUUAUUUAAAAAAAAAGUAUGAUUGCAUUUUAAGGGUUUAUAUUUAGAAAAAGAAAUAAAAUUUUAAAAACAACACAUUUAUUUACAUGUGGAAAUGCUCUAUAAGGUUUUCUUUUGUUCUCCCAGAAUUGAUCAGAGAGAUUCAAUAAAGAUCAUGGUAGAAAUCUUGAAAUACUGGUAUGUGCAAAGGUCUGUGGAAAUUUAGGCCUCUAUGUUAAAAGUGCAGACCAACUGGUAUAUAGUCACAAUGUUAAGGAACCUGAUAGGAUGCUUCUGUUUAGCACACGAACACAUCGGGUGCUUUAUACAGGAGUUUGAUCUUUGGUGAAUAUACAGCACUAAUUUUUUUUUGCUUUAACCAUCUUUUUGUCAAGUAGGCAAGCCAUUGCCCCUUUGAGAUAACACAGCCUUGUAAGUUCUCACCAGCAGCAUGGAGACUAGAAAGAGGAGCUGGUGUGACAAAGAGAUACAGAUGGCUUUAGUGACUGAGAGCCCAGAAGGAUGUGGCUGAAGAAGUCCUGUCCAAUUGUAAUAUUUGAGGAUUUGUCGUCACACACAUUGUUUAAUCCUGAAACUAAAGUCUAUUUUAUAAAUACUAAGAUUAAUUCCUUAAAGCAAUUACUUUAUUAAUGUCUUAGGAAUAUCAGGUAAAUAUUUUGAAUACAGAGUAAUGACUCAAAUUACUGGUAUAAGUGUGAAACACAAACUUUAGGUAAAAUCUAGAGUAGUUUUAUUUCAUGUAUGUGGAUACAGCCUUAACUUUGGACUCAGUCAUUUGAAGGACUUUGCCUGUAUCUUUCCCUUUAUAAUAUUGUAGGGUAGAAAUUGGAUGGCAAGUCACUGUGAGCCAGGUUACCUCAGCAUCAUUCACUUUGUGUGUGACUUCACAAAUAGAGGAAUUAAAUGUUACUACUUUCAAAUUUUUACAUGGAGCAUUAUGAUCAAGGAAAUGGAGCUGCCUUAUACAUUAAACCCGUAAUUUAAUUCUAUUGGUAUUUUCAUAGCCAUGUCUCCAGAUUUUAUCUUUUUGGCAGAAUUCUGAUGCCGCUGUUUGGUUUGAUUGAAAUAAAUAAUCCCUGGAUGUCUGGCCAGAGACUUAGCUAACAGCCCCAGAGGUGCCAUUUUCUUAUGAGUAAAUUUCAUCUGAGCCUUACUCCCAACUGUAUUCAAUUUCUUUUUAAACAUGCAAGUCCCUGGGGUGAUCCCAAGGAUAGGGCCUGCACGUUUUUAUAAUGACAAAACAUUUUUAAAAGGUUAGGAUCAGGUUGAAGAAUUUGAGGAAAAAUUCUGUAAAGAAGAGGGACCAUUAAUGUGAGUGGGUAACCACAUUUGCAGCAGCAAUAGAUGCAUACAAUGUAAAUUUGAAAUUUGCCCCUUUAGCUAAAAAAGGAGCCUGCAAAGUCCAUAUUUCUCUUCGCAGACCUGUCAAUCACCCAUUCGGUAUGUUGGCGAAGUAUUGCCUGAGCAGUCUAUGUAAGGAAACGAUAAUGAAAGUAAAAGUAUGUCAGAAAGUGACUUCAGUGGUUAGAGGCAUGUGAUUUUCAGUACUGUGUGUUAAGGAAAUGUCAGGAAUGGUAUAUUUUAACUGUAUGCAAGGUAAUGUCAGUGUGCACAGAGGAUCUUUUCUCCUUUUCUAAUUAGUACUGUUAGUGUUCAAAGAAUAAAACUGGUUGUUUUACAGUUUAGAUUCUAAGGUAGCAAAAUCUGACUUUUCAACCAUGAUCUGCAUGAGAGAAGCAUCCUAGGAAGUCUUAGAUCAUACUUUUGAGUUCUUUAAUUUAUAUAGUUUUUUUAUGUUUUAAUAUUUUUGUGAACUGGUGUAAAUUGUUAAUGCAUAUAAGCUUGUGUAUUUCUGUAAAUAGUUUUGUCAUUUAUUUCUUGACCCAUAUGUAAAUAUUUAGAGUCUCAUUUCUUCAAAACUUAUUUGAAGCUGAGUUGUGGGUUUGGGGUUUUGUUUGUUUCUUUGAUUGUUUUGGUUGGGGUGGGGGGAGAAGGGAUUUUGUACUCCAGCAAUCCAGAUGGAGAUCUCGUGUGGUUUAAAGCAAAUGUCCCACUGAAAGCAAUUCAAAUAUCAACACAGUUAUUUCAGGUUAAACAGA